CCAGACGCAGGUCCCCAGAACACCCCCAGACCCCUUUGGGUCCCACCUGAGCCUCCCUGUGAGGCUGGAGGCGCCGCGGUGCCUCAGCUCAGCCUCCCUCUGCAGCUGGAUCCGGUUUCUUUGGAGCCCUUGAGCUGACCUUAGAUCCGGCGCCGGAGACCAACCCCUGCCAUGCUGUUCCGGCUCUCAGAGCAUUCCUCACCAGAGGAGGAGGCCUCCCCCCACCAGAGAGCCUCUGGAGAGGGGCACCACCUCAAGUCGAAGAGAGCCAACCCCUGUGCCUACACACCCCCCUCGCUGAAAGCCGUGCAGCGCAUUGCUGAGUCUCACCUGCAGUCCAUCAGCAACUUGAACGAGAACCAGGUGUCCGAGGAGGAGGAUGAGCUGGGAGAGCUGCGGGAGCUGGGUUAUCCAAGAGAGGAGGAGGAGGAGGAGGAUGAGGAUGAUGAGGAAGAGGAGGAAGAAGAGGACAGCCAGGCGGAAAUCCUGAAGGGCAUCAGGCAGUUUGCUGGGCAGAAGACAACCUGUGCCCAGGGUCUGGAGGGGCCCUGGGAGCGCCCUCCCCCUCUGAAUGAGCCCCAGAGAGAUGGAAGCCCUGGGGACCAAGUGGAAGACCCAGCACUCAGUGAGCUUGGGGAGGGGCCUCAGUGCCCUGUCUGUCCUGAACCUGGCACAUAAGCACCGAGCAUCUCCCAGGAGAAAUGGAGGGGACACGGCUGUUCCCCAGAAACCCACUCUGUCCUCACCCUGUCUUGUGCCCUUCCCCUCACCUGCUAGGGCUGUGGCUUCUGACUUCUAGAAGACUGAGGCUGGUCUGUAUUUGCUUGUUUGCCCACCUUUGGCUGAUGCCCAGAGAACCUGAGUGCUUGCUGCCUGAUGCCUGCCUCUGCCAGUCAUUCUUCCAUUCACCCAGUGAGAGGUGGGAUGUGAGAGAAAAUCCCUGAAACCAAGAACAAGGAUUUGCCCUUCACAAUUCUACUUCCCAGAUCCUCUCCCCUAAACACAGGAGACCUACAGGGCAGGACCCUAAGAUCUGGGGUAAAGAGGUACUGAGAACCUGUGGGUGCCCUUCUCCAUCCCCACCCCUAUGGGUGAUUGAUUCCACAUCACCACACCUCUCACCAGGGCCCAGGACUCAGGCAUCUUUCUCCACAGCCUCAACGUUUUGGAAAUCUUCCCCUUGUCACCCCGCUCCUCCUGGGUGCCUGGAAGAUGGACUGGCAGAGGCUACUUUGUUGUGUUUUGUUUGUGCUUUGAUGCCAGGAAUGCCGCCUGGUCUAUGUCCUUUUGGGGGGCACAUAGAGAGGGAACCAGGUUCCUCUCGUCCCUUGGCUGCUCUGCCUCCUUCCCCUUCUUCCCUGACUCCAGGCCUGAAUCCCUCCCGUGCUGUAAUAAAUCUUUGUAAAUAACGGU